UUCUCCGGCGGUUUUCCUCUGCUCCUCACUUCUCGUCUCCUUCCGUUCUCCGUCCAUCUUUGUCUCCUCAGCUCUCGUUUUCUUAUUUUCUCCGGCCAGUCUCAUUCUCGUCUUCUUCUGAGCCGACUGCUCAGAUCUCGCAUUCUUCUGAGCCGACUAAGCCGACUGAGCAGCCUUCUUCUGAGCCGACUGAGCAUACACAGAUCUCGCCUUCUUCUGAGCCGACUUAGAAGAUCUCGUCUGCUUCCAUUCUCCGGCCGUCUGCUUCUGAGCUUCCUUCUCCUCUGUUCUCACCUUCUUCCGCUCUCCGGCCAUCUUUCUCAUCAACUUCCGUCCUUCGUCCAUUCUCCUCUUCUUCUGAGCCGACUGAGCAGAUCUCCACUAAAGAUGACGAAUUGAUCAUCGGAGAUGACCUCACAUGCCCACCUUUUGAUUUGCUAACUUUCUCCAAGUUAGCAGCUCUGAUCAGUCCAUCCGUGGUUAACUUAAUAACAGUCGAAGGGGAUGCAAUCCUUUAUGGAGCUGGUAUAAUUAUCAGCACCAGUGGCAAGAUUUUGACUUGCGCACAUAGCCUCUACGAUGACAUGUUUCGUCUCCGACAUGAUCCUGAAUAUCGGGCUGAACCUAAAAAGGUGGACAUCAUCUCUCAUGAAGAACAAGUCUUGUAUGGUCAAGUUUCUUUUCUUGAUGUAUACAACGACUUGGCAAUAGUGGAGACGUGUUGUGAAGGUACCAAAUUCACCCCUGCUACUUUUGGUAUAUCCAAAAAUGUAUCUGUGGGGAAUUUGGUACUAGCAAUUGGAUAUUCACUUGGAUUAUCCCAUACAAUAUCCAAGGGUAUCAUCAGCUAUGUUGAACGCCCCCAUCAUGAAAUACCCUUGAUGGAUAGUUCGUAUGAUCAUUUUCUCCAGACCGAUUGUUCUCUACAUAGGGGAAAUGGUGGAGGCCCACUUAUCAACAUGCGAGGCCAAGUCAUAGGAAUAGUUUGUCACACUUGUCUGAUUGGGCCAGCUAUGGGCUUUGCUAUACCAAGUGAUGCGAUCUGUGAAAUUGUUCAGAAGAACAAUUGGAUGAAGAAGGCUGAAGUAAAAGGGCAACCAAUAGCAGAGUAUGGUGUGACGGAGCCUUUGACGGAUCCGGAGUGGUUUGGACCUAUUUAGUAUUUUAAGCAUUGUUAGUAAUUUGAGACUUGAGUAAAUAAAGCAUUGUUAGUAAUUUGAGACUUGAGUAAGUAAGUAUUGUUAGUAAUUUGUCUUUUAAGUUAUGUAAGACUUGAGUAAGUAAUUUAACUAUAAAAAUGA